UCACUCAUGAGCAACCGAAGUCUACAUUCAAUAGAUUGGUAAACAAUUCAUUAUUAAGACUUGCAAAAUGUUUAAGAAAGCUUUCAAGCACUAUAAGAAAAAAACACUAGUUCCCGAUGUACAAGAUGUGAUUGACUUUGACUUGUUUGAGGAAAAUAAAUCAUCUUACAGUUGGUAUAAUUUGGUGAAACCUGUGAAUGUCUUUGAAAAAGGCACAUGUCAAGGUCAUCCUUUGCCAGCUGGCUUGCACCCAGAACAUAUGUGGCGUUGCUACAAAGUAUUAAACCACCCCGGGCUCUUGGUCAUCCGCAAUUCAUUUACAUCGCAAGGACAACGUUAUUGGAUUGCUCGCAGUCUUCGUGACUAUCCACGGGCCCCAAGCAUCUCAAACUUGGAUGCGAAUAAUUUGGAAGUACCGAUUUUAUCUGAUUGGUGGGGAGAAUUACAAAACUGCAGCGAUGUAAAUAUCGCACAGCGUAUUAAGGUUGCGAUGCGCUGGACAACAUUGGGGUAUCAUCACAAUUGGGAUACGAAAGUCUACAGCGAAGCGAUGCACUCUGCAUUUCCAAGCGACUUGAGUAGCUUGUGUCAAUAUUUUUCUUUAGCUCUUGGCUUCAACAAAUUUACUUCACAAGCUGCCAUAAUCAACUAUUAUCCAAUCGGAACUACAUUGUCAGGUCACACGGACCAUUCGGAGUUAAACCGUGAAGCGCCUUUGUUUUCGUUCAGUUUCGGACAAAGUGCUAUUUUUCUUAUAGGCGGCGUGUCACUAGAAGAGCAGCCUACAGCAAUAUAUCUCUGCAGCGGAGAUGUGCUAAUCAUGUCAAUGGAGGCCCGUCUUUGUUAUCAUGCUGUUCCACGUGUUAUGAAAGCGGACGAGGAGCCUUGGAAUUCGCUUUAUAAUACAUAUACAGAAAAUAACAAAGAGGCGGUGAAUACGGAUUUACUCGAUUUAGUAUUAUACGAACAAGUUAAAGAUGAAAUGUUUUGGAUUCCAUUUAACCGUUAUAUAAACGAUUCACGUAUUAACAUAAAUGUGCGACAAGUGUUGCCUGCGGGACUUCUGCAAAUCCCGCUUAAAUAUUAAUUUUCAUCUUAAUUUAUAAUUACAGAGCAUCGUAUGUGGCGUAU